AGAUUACAAAGAAUAGACAAUGAAAAUGAAUUGAUAGAUAGGAUUCGCUUAUUUUAUAUGUAGAUACAUUUCAUUGUUUGUUUCACAAAUUGUCUUAGUUUUCAUUCGAAAUUCCUUGAAAUCAUUCAACUUUAGCUUUAAAUCAAAAUGUUCAAAUCAACCAACAUUUUAAGGAGCUCAGUUUCGUUACUUCGUCAACCGUUAAGCUGUAAAGAUGUGCUCAAAUUACAGUCACAAUGGAUUCCAACAGCAAGUUUGUCAGCGACAGCAAAUAGUGAACAAUUUAAAAGUGAUGUUUUGAUUAUUGGCGGUGGCAUAAUGGGUUUAUCAACUGCUUUCUGGAUUAAACAUUCAAGUCCUUCAACUUCAGUGACUGUCAUUGAAAAAGAUCCAAAGUACACGACCUGUUCAACGACUCGAGCUGUCGGUGGAAUCCGAUCACAUUUCUCUCUUCCAGAAAAUAUUAAAUUAUCCUUGCACAGUUUUGAUUUCCUUACAAAAAUCAAUGAUUAUCUUAACGUUGAUCCAGAUGAUUUGAUAGAUAUUGCGUUAGUUCGCAAGGGUUACUUGUAUUUGGCGACUGAAAGCGGUGUUGAUACUUUAGUCAAUAAUCAUAAAAUCCAAAAAUCGUGUGGAGCUUCAGUUGAGCUUCUUGACCCACAACAGUUAUCGGUUCGAUGGCCUUGGUUAAACACCAAUGGCAUUGCUGCUGGUUCUUAUGGAUUCGAUAAAGAAGGCUGGUUUGAUCCUCAUCGGUUGUUGAUGGCUUUCCGUGCAAAAGCUUUAGCAUUAGGAGUGAAAUACGUCCAUGGGAUUGUAACUGAUUUUUCUUGCUCGUGCGAAACACCAUCAUGUAAAGUAAAUGGAGCCAUUGUUGAUCAUAUCAAGCAAAAUUCUCAAGCCAUUUACUCAGCAGAAUCAAUUGUCAUAGCUGGAGGAUCAGAAUGUGGUGCUUUGUCUAAUAAACUCGUAUCACAAAAUGCAAAAAGCAUUUUAUGUCCAGUUAAUCCAAGGAAACGUUAUGUAUAUUCAUUUAAAUGCGAAACUUUGAAUGGUCAAAAUUUUCCAAUGCUCAUUGAUCCAUCAGGAGUUUAUUGUCGAGGGGAUGGAGAUAACUAUAUAACUGGAUUAUCACCUGAAGAGUCGGAAGAGCCACAAACUACUGAUUUUGAGGUUGAUUAUGACUUCUUUGAUCAACGAAUUUGGCCUCAACUGGCAGAAAGAGUUAAACCAUUUGAAUCCAUUAAAGUACUUUCAGCUUGGGCAGGCUAUUACGAUUUCAACGAACUAGAUGAAAAUGCGAUCAUGGGCCAAGAUCCUGUUUGGUCAAAUUUAUACUGGUUAACUGGUUUCAGUGGACAUGGAAUUCAAAUGGGCCCAGCAGCUGGAAAAUGUAUUUCCGAGUUAAUUUUGAAUGGUAAAUAUAGUACAGUUGAUUGCACUCGAUUCAGGUUCAACAGAGCGAUCGAAGGUGAAAAAUUAUUAGAAGUAAAUAUCAUUUGAAUGUAAACAAAGGCAACAGGUGAAACUGAAAAUAAACUAAAUCUUUUUUACUGUUGAA